CACCCGGGUCCGAUUCGCCAAAACCGCAGAAGCAAUAUUUUGGUGACGACGUAUUGUGAGGACAGAGCAGAUAAUGUAAACAACCCUGCUCGUGAGAAACGAGGUCUUUGAACCAGAUGCUCUGAAUACGGAUUCAUGACAAUAAAACACGAGCAAUCAUCGAGUGACAGACAAGUCGAGCGACAUCGACACUCGGCUUGAGUUCUCGUUACGUCAACAUAAGUAACACGGAAGUCGAAAGCUCACGAGGAGUUAUCAUUGUUUUUGCGGAUCUUGGGUAAAGAGAACUUUCGAAGAGCCUCACAAAGAUGGAUAAAGUUUCUUCCUGGACCGUUCCUUCCAUCAUUUUUGCGUUUAUUUCAAGUGCAUAUGGAGGUGAGUUCUGCAGAAACUACUAUGACACCCUAACUUAUUGCACCUAUGGGUGUUGUGGCUAUCUCAACCGGGAUUGCUGCAGUCCAAGUGUUGGACUCAUUGCUGGGAUGAUAGUGCUUGGCAUACUGGUAGUAUCAGUGAUCAUCGCUGUUGUUUGCUGUAUACGCCGCCGUCGAGGAGUAAUAGGAAGGGUGAUCAACGCUAAUUCAACAGUGACAACAACCGUCGUUCAGAGUGGACAGACAACCAUGACAGCAGGCCCCAUUUAUCCACCCCAGACUUAUGGUGCUGCUGCCUAUGGUCCUCCACAAUACCCUCCAGGAGUUUACCCCCAGCCCUAUCCACCACCUGUGCAGCAAUAUGGACCGUCUGCUCCACCCUACGCACCACCAGCUCAGCCAUACCCUAUGCCACAACCACCCAAUCCUCCACCAUAUGAAGCAGUUUCUCAGUACCAGGGUUACAAAGAAUAGGGAAAUUUUUUUGACUUUUGACUGCAAAAACUUUUGUUUGAAAUUAGAAUGAUCAGAAUUUAGUCAUGUAAGUUUUCUUGGUUUGGGUAAGAAAACCUAGAGUAGAACAAUCUUGUUAUGUCCAUUCAUGAUUCCAGCUAGUGUCUUCUGAACUUUGCACUUUGAUGACAUAACAAAUCUGCUGAAAUUGAUAUGAUCCUUUUCUUCUCAGAAGUGAUGUGCUUUUAUUUUCCUCUUUGUUCUUAGUAGAAUGAAGCAUUUUAUAUUUACUUGAUGUGGGUCCCUGGGGGCCAGUGGGGGGUAAAAAAUUUGUAUAGAAGCUGUGCUUUAAGAGCAUGGAGUUGGCGUGAUGAAAAUAAAUUUCAUAUUUCAUUUCAAAAGCAUUUUCAUGAAUAAAAUUUUAUGUUCAUUUUUCACCUACUCACAAAGCUCUUCCAACUACUGGUUAAAUUUUCAAAACUCAAGUUCUUAAAAAGGCAUUAAGAAAUGAGGUCCAGUAGCUGUUGUGGUACUUCAUUGCUUUUGGAGUACAUAUAAAUAAAAAUUUGCUGUAUUAUUAGCAAGCUUUGAAACAUGUCAGAUAAUUAGACAUUUUAGAAGAUUGGCAUUUUGACCCACUUGUGUUGCUUUGAGCAGUCUUCUGUCUCAGUUUUCAAAUGGGUAAGUUUUUCUGAGGAACAUAUUUCUAUGGCUUUAUAUGUGUGAUUUCUUGGUAAUGAGUUAGAUGACUCAUUUUUUUCCAGGUUUUGAAUAUAUAGGAUUUUUUUAUUGAUUCAGUUACAAUUCCAGCCAUAUGUUCAGUGCUUAAAGAGACUUGCAAUGAGGCAUCUGACACGUUUUUUUAUUGGCACUUUUUUUUUUAAGCAAAUUCUUAAAAGAUCCAAUAUCAGUUGGUCUGGUCUGUUUGCUUAAGUUAGUAUUCCAGAAUGUCAUGCAUUCAGUCUUGGUCUUGUUUCUCCUUUCAUGUGUUUAUUUUCGUUAUUCUAUUUCUUUAUUAUAUGUAUUUUAAAACACAGACCUAAAGAUAAGUCUGCUUUCACAUUUGGCCCUUAAUUUUUCACCGUUUGCCUAUGCUCAAAGUUUGAGGUGACCUAGUGGACUGUUGAAAAGUAAGAUCACAAAUGCAGAUGUACAUAGAAAAUUAAGGAGAUAAGUGUUUUAUUUAUAAAAUGUAUUCUGUUUUGUCUGUACAGAGAAUGUAUAAUACUGUAUUGAAUUUCUCUCCUUCCACCAUUCCUUCCAGCAACCUCAACAUGUCUAUAGCAACAGUGGGCAUCACUCUUUAUAGUUAUGAAAACUAUUAGCUGGAGAUACCAAGCUACUCACUAGGGUUGUUUUUUGCUACUGAUUCUCCCCUCUUUGAUUUUAUUGUUAGCUCUCAACCUCUGACAGUGAAAAUUAGUGACAGUGAAAAUUAGUGAGCAGACAUCUCAUAUUUAGCACGCUUCCAGUGGGAGAUAACAAUUAUGUUGUCAGUCACCCUAUUGCUCCUCUCUCUCUGCGCUACUGUGUGUGCCACUUCUCUCUCUCUGUCUCUGCUACUUUGUCACUUCUCUCUCUAUUCUACUUUGUCACUUCUCUCUAUUCUUUGUCUGUCACUUCUCUGUCUGCACUUCUUUGUCUCUUCUCUCUGUGUCUGCUUUACUUUGUCUGUCACUUGAUUCCCUCACCCUAUCCGGGCAUUCUAGUGGCACAAUUAGCUCCAGUCACCAAUGCAAUGAAGGUUGGCUAUCCUGGGUUCAGAUCUUGCCUUGGUCAUGCUGUUCUUUCUCUUCAUGUGACAUCUGUUUAUAGGGCUGGCUGCAUUGCAGUGGUAUAGUCUCAGUUUGCUUGCAAAACACCAAUUUCCCCCCUCCUACCCCAUCCUCCUUUUACCACCUACCUCCUCCCUCCACAGGAUGCAUGCUCAGACUGUGCUGUUGAUUAUCCUAAAAGAUGUAGGUCAAAUUUCAUUGUUUCAUCUGGAGCUAGCAGUAACUUCUUAGAAAAAUAAGUAGAAAUAAAAUAAUAACAGUGCGCACUGUUCCAUCCUGCAGUCCAACCUAAUAUUCCUGCCAAGUAUUUUAUUACUGCUAUAAGAUUUUAAUUACAAAUUAUAAUAAGUGUAAUAAAUUAUUCCUGCUGGACUAAUGUGGAUGUGAUCAGAGAUGUAACAAACAUGAUCACAAGUACACACUGAUUUAUAUAAGCUGUAGAUGUGGAAUAGGUGCAGUGUGGCUGCAUAAUGGAUGUGUACAUCACUUGUAUGUUAUUCAAUUUCCACUCACAAAAACAUAGCGUCUUUAAUGUGUGAAAGGGUUUGUUUGAAAAAUGUUUAUACUUUCUGGAAAUAUCUUUUUUCAUCAUAUAUACUUUAUUAUCUAAAGCUUAUGUUUGGGUAAUUACCUCAUCUUUUUCAUAGGGUACGUGCACUUUUACAUAGGGUACAUGCAUCUUGCACUUUGUAUCUGUGUCAUGAACAGACAUGCAUGUGUAGUUGGUUGGAAUAUAGUGAUCUUAUUGUCAGAACUUGUUUCAUUUUUCUAAGAUCGAGUCAAACGACUUAAUUGUUGAGAUUUUAUAAAGUGGGGUGUUUUUUUUUGGUUUGGUAAAUUGCACUCUUUUUAAGCAGUUUAUGAGUAUUAUACACAAAUAAUUGGUUUGUAGGUCCUGUGUCCUUUAAUUAGUCUUGAAUGAGUAGUCAGUUUCAUACUGAAAACAAAAUGAAGAAAAACAGUCAUUUUCUGUGGAACAGAGGAGGUGAGUAGUCUGGAUAAACUUUUCCAGCUAUUCCUUUAACCUCCUUCAGUUUUUUUUUUAAAUCCUUGACUAUUUUUACAGCUGUUCAGCAAGGUGAAGCUGUGAAUUAUUACUGGUUAGUUGUAAAAAGUGUGAAACCAGCAGUCAAUUUUUCUUCAUUUUUUUCAUGUAAGUUAUUAAUUACUUUUGUGCCAACAUACCAAGGUCCAUUAUUAUUAUUGCUUUUCCAUGACAUUUCUUUACGAAACUGCAUUACGAGUAUGUAGUUAAAAUUUAUUAUGGUGCAGUAUUGACAUUUUAAAUCUAAUGCACCUAUUUGGUCACCUGAUUUAUUGAGACUUUUCCAUUGUAAAUUUAAUUCACAAGGGUUUCUGAAUCAUGGGCAAAUUUUUGUAUUGUUCACACUUGGAAUAUUACAUUUUAAGAAAAGUCGAGGCAAAAUUUAUUAAAAUAUCUUGGGCAUAUUCUUUCAUUAUUCUAUAAUUUUUAAUGCACUGCAUGAAGCCAUGCACACCAAAUACACAAUGAAUGAUUGUAUCCAACUGGUGCAUAUUAAUUCCUCUUUCUUCGUAAGAUACAAGAUUUUGCUUUAAUGAACAUUGUAAUUGCUACUAUUCAUUCAGAUAGUUAUAAGAAACCUGUAAAAAAAAAAUGAUUCGCUGUACAUCUUGCCAACACUUUAUGGUUCCUUUGUGCAUUUAAAAUAAAUAUUUUGUUAUUUGU